GGACUGAUCAGCGAUCCCAAAGCUGUCUUUUGGAAGGGUGGACCUCUUCUGAAAAGGACACCAAUGUAUGGAUUGCAGUUGCUGGGGCUACCCUCCAGAGCUGGAGACUACAUUUGUAUGGAUUGCAGUGCUGGGGCAAGUGCUGGGACCAAGCAAUUUGAGAAUUCCAGUGCUGGGGUUUACCUGUUGUGGGAUCUCGGGUGCCGGGGCUUACUUACUAUUGCAGGGAUUGCAAUGUUGGGGCUAGGACCAACCAUUUUGAUAUUUCCAGAGCUGGGGCUACCUGUUGCAGGAACUCCACUGCUGGGGCUAGCGGCUGUGGAACUCUAG